AUGGCAGUCUAUGACACAAUUAUUUUAGACAUAGAGGGAACUGUUUGCUCAAUAUCUUUUGUGAAAAAUGUGUUGUUUCCAUAUUUUUUAGACAAACUUCCCUUCCUUUUGGAACAAGUUGAGUUUCCACUGGACCACACUGAUAAUGUUACAGUGACGCAAAUUCUAGCAAAGUUUCCUGAGAGAUAUACUAAGAGUAAAGAAUGCUUAAAAACAUAUAUCAAUGAGCUUGUUGCUAAUGACAUAAAAGAUCCUACUUUAAAGCAAUUGCAAGGGAUUGUAUGGCAAGCUGGAUACGAGGAGGGCGAAAUUGUGGUUGACCUUUACAACGAUGUAAUAGAGGCCCUGGAUCGUUGGAAGAAAGAAGACAAGUCUGUUUACAUUUAUUCAUCAGGGAGUAUCAAAGCCCAGAAACUUCUUUUUAGCCAUGUCAAAUUCAAGAGUGAAACUAGGGACCUAACCAAUUACAUCAAAGGGUAUUAUGACCCUACAUCUGUUGGCUCAAAGAUAGAAUCCGAAAGCUACCUGAACAUUUUAAAAGACCUCAACAAAGAUCCAGAGUCUGCAAUAUUCCUUAGUGAUAAUAUAAAGGAAGUAGCAGCGUCUAUACGGGCAGGAAUUAAAUCUCUAGUUGUGAAAAGACCAGGGAAUACCGUUCACCACGACAACCAAAGUUUUGAUUUUGUGUAUUCCUUUGACAACGUUUAA